AGCCCGCGCGCUCGCAGCUUCUCGCUCUCGGCUGCCCGCCCGCUCCCUGGUUUGCUCGCGCUUUCGUUCGCGCUCUCCUCGCGGAUCGAGGACUCUGGCCACAAGCUGUGGCUGGGAAGAGAGACAGAGGCGGCGGCUCAGGGGAAGCGAGGCUGCGGUGGUGAUAGUGGAGAGAAGAUGUCGGGCGAGGACGAGCAGCAGGAGCAAACUAUUGCCGAAGACCUGGUCGUCACCAAGUAUAAGAUGGGGGGCGACAUUGCCAACCGAGUACUUCGGUCUUUGGUGGAAGCUUCCAGCUCAGGUGUGUCGGUAUUGAGCCUAUGUGAAAAAGGUGAUGCCAUGAUUAUGGAAGAGACAGGGAAAAUCUUCAAGAAAGAAAAAGAAAUGAAGAAAGGUAUUGCCUUUCCCACCAGCAUUUCAGUAAAUAAUUGUGUAUGUCACUUCUCCCCUUUGAAGAGUGACCAGGACUAUAUUCUCAAGGAAGGUGAUUUGGUAAAAAUUGACCUUGGGGUCCAUGUAGAUGGCUUCAUUGCUAACGUGGCUCACACUUUUGUGAUUGAUGUAGCUGAGGGGACCCCAGUAACAGGGCGGAAAGCAGAUGUCAUUAAGGCAGCUCACCUUUGUGCUGAGGCUGCCUUACGCCUGGUCAAACCUGGAAACCAGAACACACAAGUAACAGAAGCCUGGAACAAAGUUGCCCACUCAUUUAACUGCACACCAAUAGAAGGUAUGCUGUCACACCAAUUGAAGCAGCAUGUCAUUGAUGGAGAAAAAACCAUUAUCCAGAAUCCCACAGACCAGCAGAAGAAGGACCAUGAAAAAGCUGAAUUUGAAGUACAUGAAGUAUAUGCUGUGGAUGUUCUUGUCAGCUCAGGAGAGGGCAAGGCCAAAGAUGCAGGACAGAGAACCACCAUUUAUAAACGAGACCCUUCUAAACAAUAUGGCCUGAAAAUGAAGACUUCACGUGCCUUCUUCAGUGAGGUGGAAAGACGUUUUGAUGCCAUGCCAUUUACAUUAAGAGCAUUUAAAGAUGAGAAGAAGGCCCGGAUGGGUGUGGUGGAGUGCGCCAAACAUGAAUUGCUACAACCAUUUAAUGUUCUCUAUGAGAAGGAGGGUGAAUUUGUUGCCCAGUUUAAAUUUACAGUUUUGCUCAUGCCCAAUGGCCCCAUGAGGAUAACCAGUGGUCCCUUCAAGCCUGACCUCUACAAGUCUGAGAUGGAGGUCCAGGAUGCAGAACUGAAGGCUCUCCUUCAGAGUUCUGCAAGCCGGAAAACUCAGAAAAAGAAAAAAAAGAAGGCCUCUAAGACUGCAGAGAAUGCCACCAGUGGAGAAACAUUAGAAGAGAAUGAAGCUGGGGACUGAGGUUGGUCCCAAUCUCCCCAGCUUGCCGCUCCUGCCUCAUCCCCUUUCCCACCACACCCCAUGCUCUCUGAAGUGCAGUUCGUCUUUUUCAUCCAGGACCACCAGCAGAGUGGGGUUUCCCUGCCCCAGUCCCUAUCCCCAACCCAUUCCUUUCCCACACAACCAGCUCCAACUGACUCUGGUCUUGGGAGGCCAGGCUUCCCAGACACCGAAGACUACUUUCAAUAGAAAAAAGAAAUUGAAUAAUAAAAUCAGGAGUCAAAA